UAGAACUGGUCCCUGCCUCUACCCACAACACACUCCACACGUAAUCACCACCUGUUGCUCUCUCGUUAUUUAAUUGCUUUAAUUGCAAUACCACUGUGGAAGAAUAUUCUCUUCAUCUGCUUGUCUAUGUUGCGUCCGAAAAAUGAAUUUUCCCAUGGCCUUUUAUGACAAGUCACCGAAGUAUAGCAAAAAUCAGUUGGGAUCGUUGCAUUAUGGCACUGCUGGAUUUCGAACGAGAGCUGAAAAUUUAGGCCAUGUUGCUUACCGUGUGGGUAUCAUAGCCGCCUUGAGAUCAAGAGUGCGAAAUGGACAAGCUAUUGGUGUGAUGAUAACAGCGUCCCACAAUCCGGAAGAUGACAAUGGCAUCAAGAUAGUUGAUCCAAUGGGAGAAAUGCUUGAAGGAGCUUGGGAAACGUAUGCCACUGACAUGGUGAACACGCCUGAUGCCAGUUUAGAGCAGUUUCUUCAAAGAGUAAUUGCCACUCAUCAAGUUAAUUUAAAAGCAAAAAGUCUUGUUUUUCUAGGCUGGGACACUCGCCCUAGCAGUCUGAGUUUGAGCAUCGCCACAUCAGAUGGUGUUGAAUCGAUGGGAGGCAAACUGAACUCUAUUGGUCUUACUUCAACUCCCAUUAUUCACUUUCUUGUUAUGUGUUGGAAUACGAAUGAGGAGUAUGGAAGAGCGAAUGAAGCUGGUUAUUACAGUAAACUUUCUUCUGCCUUCAAUCAUGUGCAUAACGUG